GUCGGAACCAUUGUGUCAGGUUGAUUGUGAGGUCGGCCCGUUUUAAGUGUUACUCAGAGGGUGAUAAACAAGCAGGUUGCUAGCCGCUUGCGGUAAAUUCGGGUCGCUCUGAUGGCCGACGGAGAAGUGGCGGGCGUCGACCUCAGCAGGAAGUUUGUCUCUGAGUCGGAGCUCGACGAGAGGAGGAAGAAGAGGCAGGAGGAAUGGGAGAAAGUCAGGAAGCCAGACGAUCCAGAGGAGGCCCCAGAGGAGGAGUACGACCCUCGAUGCCUCUAUGACCGGCUGCAGGAGCAGAAGGACAAGAAACAGCAGGAAUAUGAGGAGCAGUUUAAGUUCCGAAACAUGGUGAGGGGACUGGACGAGGAUGAGACCAGUUUCCUGGACGAGGUUUCCCGGCAGCAGGUCCUGGUUGAGAAGCAGCGGAGAGACGAGGAGAAGAAGGAGCUACUGGAAUACAGAAUAUCCUUUUUUAUGGGAAGCUUUCUGGUUGGGGCUGUAGAGUUUCCUGAAUUAUUUUUCAGCUCCUCGCAUUCAUCCGACAGUGGGAAGAAGCAGAAGGUGGAUGACAGAAGGGCAACAGGAGAUGGAGACAGAACUGCAGAGCAGGACGGAGGAGCAGCAGGAGGACGAAGCAGGGAAGCUGAGGAUCACCGAGCCGUUCCAGGUCUCACAGCCAAGACUCCGCCCUCCACCCGAGGAGUGCUUCACCUGCCAUCGGCCGCCGUGUGCGUCGGCGUUUUGCCCGGGCUCAGCGCUUAUUCUGGCAGCAGCGACUCUGACAGCAGCUCGGACAGCGAAGGUAGCGUAGAUGCAAUCAUGUCGCCGUACCCACGGCACAGCAGGGCCUACAGAUAGACACACCCACUCAUCCACCCACCCACAGAAACACUAAGUAAAGCUUUGAGCUCCAGCCGUUAGAGCUGUUCACUCUGCUCCUCUCACAGCUGGGAGUUUAACUUCUCUUUCUCCAAAGUUCAGCCCAAACCUGAUCUGUUCAUCAUGUCUGUUUCCUUUACUGUGGCUCUGAAACAUGAUUCUUCCCUCAAUCACAUCUCAUGCAGUUUAAGGCGACCCUGCCAGCGGCUGAAGGCUGUGCUGGUGGCUGAGCGAACAGUGACUGACAGCUGUGGAGUGAAGACCAGGGCGGCUUUAGGACUCUGAUUGUUUUAGACGAGUCAGAGCAGGACGCAGCUUUUUCAGUUUACCAUGCUGGACUUCUUUGCUUCUCUCUCCGAUGUUUAAAUUUUUAAUUAAAAAAUGUGGAUCCUUAUCCUCUUGUGUUUACUGACACAUUUGUGUUUUAGAAACGUCAGGCCGCUGCCUGCAUGUGAAAUCAUGUAAUAAAUGGAUUUAUUGAACUUCAUCGACUCA